AUGGUCCAUUUGCUAGAUCUUAUUAAUGGUAGAAUAUUCCUCACCGCAUUAAGAGAAGAGGGUACACCGGUAAGCAUACUGACAGUAACUGAUCAAGAAGAAGAAGGAGGUCCUCUUUUGCGUCCAUAUCCAGAUUGGUCCUGGUACAGGACGCUUCCAAUGGACGGCUGCGACGGCAUUCCAGGAGUUGUUUGUGGAAUACAUAUUCAAUGCAAUCAUCUUUUUGUUAUGGAUAGCGGCAUAUAUAAUUUUGAACAAAUUUGUCCUCCGCGACUCUUAAUCUUUGACUUAUCAACUGAUAAACUAGUUAAAAGUGUUACUAUUCCGCUCAACAUCGCUAAUAACAAAAAUGGCACAGGAUUUUUAACAACAGUUACUGCUUUUGCGCCGCAUUGUGAAAAUAUAAAGGAUAACGCGGUGGUGUUUAUGGCUGACACUGACGGGUUUGGUAUGGCGAUAUAUAACACGUCUACUUCGAAAUUCUGCAGAAUCGAUUCUGAUAGUAUGAAACCAACUGGUAUCGGUUAUUAUGUGGGGAAUCAAUUUUAUCCUCUGCAAGACGGUAUCGUCGGCACGACAGUUGUUCAAAACAAAGACUUAUACUACGCUUCGUUUGCGGGAAAUAAGAUAUACAAAAUGGAAAUAUCAAAGAUAGCGGGAUGUUCGCAAAGUGAAACAAAAGCGCUAACUCAACUGGCAUUUGAGAUACCAGACAAGACAACAGCAUUAGCAUCUGCAAAUUGUGUAAUAUUUUUCACCGAUGUUAAAAAGUCUUCUGUUAUGUGCGCGGAUACUACUAAGGAAAUUAACUCCCAGAACAUGGAAGUUAUUGAGCAAGAUUUUGAAACACUGCAAUUGUCAAGUAUGAUGAAAAAUAGAGGAGGAAAACUAGUGAUCUUAUCAAAUAAAUAUCAUCUUCACGAUUCAUAUGUUGGAUUAAAUAUAAGCGAUAUAAACUUCCGCAUUUUUUCGAUGCUGAAUACGGAAAUACAGAAACAAACAAAAUGUUUCUCUUCUUGCCCAGGUAUUUAUUUAUCUUGAUAAUAGAAUAUAUUUAUAGUAUAUAUAAUGAAA